AUGUGCCCAUUCGCGCACCGAGCGACAAUAGUGAGAUGUUUGAAAGGCCUAGAACCCUUCAUACAGCUGGUUGUUCUCGACCCGGAGCUAGGCCCAGACGGGUGGUUCUUCUCUGGUCGGUUUGGAACGGCGGAAUGUGAUCCUUUAUACGGAUUCAAAUACCUCAAAGAUCUUUACCUAAAAGCCGAUCCAAACUAUGCCGGACGUUUUUCUGUGCCGGUAUUAUGGGACAAGAAGCACGAGACGAUUGUGAACAACGAGAGCGCUGAACUGAUGCGGGUAUUUUAUUCGGCUUUUGAUCAUAUUCUUCCGUCUGAGUUACAGGAGCCCAAUCUCCCAGGCGGUGGUCUCUAUCCUAACCAUCUUCGAAGUGAGAUCGAUGAGUGGAAUGCGUUGAUUCACUCCAACCUCAACGCUGGCGUGUAUAAUGUGGGGAUGGCAUCUAACCAGGAUCAAUACAACGAAAGUGUCGACAAAGUGUUCGCCACACUGGAUCAGAUUGAGCAUCGAUUGCAGUCCAAUGGGCCGUAUUUGUUUGGUGAUUUCCUGACGGAGACAGAUCUGCGACUUUACACGACAGUGUCCCGCUUUGAUGUCGCUUACUACCCGAUUUUCCGAUGCAAUCUCAAGAUGAUUCGCCUUGACUACCCUGCUAUCGAUAUGUGGUAUCGCUCAUUGUAUUACGACAAGCUGGGCCUGACGAGGAAUGCGUUCAAAACAACCACCGACUUCUUUGCUAUAGCUAACUUUGCUUUUGUUUACCAGCAUAAAUUUGGGUAUACCAAAUUUUUUGCGAGCAAGAUGGGUGGUAACGGGGAUAUUAUUCCCGCGGGGCCUGCUCCUGCGAUUCUACCUCUCGAUAGGGCUAACGAGUAA